GGGCCGAGGCGGCGGCGGAGGCGGUGUGCUCAGAAACAUGUCCCAGGAAGGCAGUUAUGGGAGGUGGACAAUAUCCAGUAGCGAUGAAAGUGAGGAUGAGAAGCCCAAACUGGACAAGCAGUCGACAUCCUCUGUCCCCUGUGCUGGACAGGGAGCAGCCAAUGAGCCACGGUUCAACUGUUCUGAGGCUCGGAAAGCUGCACACAGGAGGCAGGCAUCACCUGUGAAAUUCAGCAACACAGAUUUGGCUUCACCUCCCAAAAAGCAGAAAAGUGGUUCCCAGGAAGACCUAGGCUGGUGUCUCUCCAGCAGUGACGAUGAACUGCAACCAGAAUCUCAGAAGAAGCAGCCAGAGAAAGUGGAGGUCAAAGAGGAAAAAGACCUUUCCUCUCCCAAAGAUGGUGCCGCCCAGGGAACUGGAAACCAUGGCCUUCUUGCCAGCCACAGGCAUAAAGGGGAGGAAGACGAGUAUGAGACAUCAGGGGAAGGCCAGGACAUUUGGGACAUGCUGGACAAAGGGAACCCCUUCCAGUUCUACCUCACUAGAGUCUCAGGAAUUAAGCCCAAGUACAACUCCAAAGCCCUCCACAUCAAGGAUAUUUUGUCUCCUCUAUUUGGGACACUUGUUUCUUCAGCUCAGUUCAACUACUGCUUCGAUGUGGACUGGCUUGUAAAGCAGUAUCCACCAGAGUUCAGGAAGAAGCCAAUCCUGCUCGUGCAUGGCGAUAAACGGGAAGCUAAGGCUCACCUCCACGCCCAGGCGAAGCCUUAUGAGCACGUUUCCUUCUGCCAGGCAAAGUUGGAUAUUGCAUUUGGAACACACCACACGAAGAUGAUGCUACUGCUGUACGAAGAAGGUCUCCGGGUCGUCAUUCACACCUCCAACCUCAUCCAUGAAGACUGGCACCAGAAAACCCAAGGAAUAUGGUUGAGCCCCCUGUACCCACGAAUUGGCCAUGGAACACACAGAUCUGGAGAAUCAACAACACAUUUUAAAGCUGAUCUCAUCAGUUACUUGAUGGCUUACAAUGCUCCUCCUCUUCAGGAGUGGAUAGACACCAUCCAGGAGCAUGAUCUCUCUGAAACAAAUGUUUACCUUAUUGGUUCAACCCCAGGACGCUUUCAAGGAAGUCAGAAGGACAAUUGGGGACAUUUUAGGCUUAGGAAGCUUCUGAAAGAACAUGCUUCAUCCAUCCCGAAAGCCGAGGGCUGGCCUAUAGUGGGUCAGUUUUCAAGCAUUGGCUCGCUGGGGGCUGAUGAAUCCAAAUGGCUAUGUUCUGAGUUUAAAGAGAGCUUGCUGGCACUGGGGCAGGACAGCAAAAUUCCAGGAAAAAGCACCAUUCCUCUUCAUUUGAUCUAUCCUUCUGUGGAAAACGUUCGGACCAGCUUGGAAGGAUACCCUGCUGGAGGUUCUCUUCCCUAUAGCAUCCAGACAGCUGAAAAACAAAAUUGGCUUCAUUCCUACUUCCACACAUGGUCAGCAGAGACAUCUGGCCGCAGCAAUGCCAUGCCUCAUAUUAAGACAUACAUGAGGCCCUCUCCAGACUUCAGUAGAAUUGCUUGGUUUCUUGUCACAAGCGCCAAUCUGUCCAAGGCCGCCUGGGGAGCACUAGAGAAGAACGGUGCCCAGCUGAUGAUCCGCUCCUACGAGCUCGGCGUGCUUUUCCUCCCGUCAGCAUUUGGCCUGGACAGCUUCAAAGUGAAACACAAAUUCUUCUCUGGCAGCCAGGAGUCCACACCACCUUUUCCUGUGCCAUAUGAUCUGCCCCCAGAACCGUAUGGAAAUAAAGAUUCCUUUUCUGUGGUUUUUCUAACCCAAGAUCUCCUGGAUAAACGUAAGAGAGGCAGCGCCUAGGAGGGUUCUGACUUGGUCCUGGCUCCCCAGCCCAGACCCUGGCUGGAUUCCCCACCUUCCCUGUAGUCCUGAUCUCUAAAGGAAGAGGAAAGCAAGAGUGGAAGACACAGAAAGGUCUUAAAAAUGUCCUCAGGAUCCUUCCCCUCCAACAGAAAAAGCAUUUCCCAGAACCCAGAAGUUCACCACAGAAUGAUAAGUCUCUUAUUUGCCCAGCAGGCAGAAUGCUUUGCAAUGUUGCACUGAUUUUUUUUCCCCUCCUUAGGCAUUUUCUUUGAAAGAUACAGACAAGAGAAACUGGAGCAUUUUAUUUAAUGUCAGUGCUAUUUUAUCUCUUAUACUACAUUAGUAGCAUGUAGAAUAAUACCAGGAAUUCAGAUACCACCACUUCAAAGAUAGCCAGCAUUCAAGGGGCCACGGGGACUACAGAAAGGCAUUUUACCAAGAUGUAAAAAAGUGAGUAGUUAAGAACAUUUCAAUAACACUUCACUUUAAAAAGUGAUUUUCAAACAAGGUCUUGUUCAGGGUCUUUUAAAAUCAGAACACAAUACAAGAAACUUAGCAAAGAAAUAUACUGCUGCACGGUUCCCCCAGUUAUCUUGAAACCAAGAAAAUGAUCAAAUGAAAUAAAGAAAAACCUAAGACCCAGCUAUUGAGUUUCCUUGCUUUGUGCAGUAGCUGCUAUUCAUGUGUUCUCACGGGUGCAUAGUGAGCACCUACUGUGUGCAGGCAGUCUGGGAUGAAUCUGUGAACCAGAUAGGCAUGAGGCCUUGCCCUUAUCAUCUCCUCAAGUCAUGUCACUUCAAAACCAUUUUGCCUGUGGGACUUAGUAUUUUUUAUGAUGACUUCUUAUGAAGCAAAAUCACUAAUUUUUUUAAUUUAUACAAAUUGGUUCCAUAUAUCCCCUGUGUUGUGUGACCCUGAGCCUGAGGAAAGAGUGAAACAGAUCUGUCCCCCGCCUCUCCUGAGCUCCAUUCCGAGGGCCGAGGGCCGCUGCUUUGUGCUCUUUCACUAAUACUCUGCAUUGCCUUACAUAUUAUUGUGGGAGUGAAAUGAGGCCAGACUGUCUUAUCUGAACCUAACAACAAGCGUGGGUCCCAUGUAGGAAGUCACCGAACAUGCACAGCUUCAGAGGAGUUAGUUAUAUUCUAUUUGUGAAGUAGGUUCUUUUAUUUUCAUUGGUUUUUGUUUUUAUUUUCACUUACUUAUUUUUAUUUAUUUAUUUUGUACUCGGGAUUGAACCCAAGGGCACUCUUAUCACUGAGCUCCAU